AUGUCGUACAGCAACUGCAGAUUUUACGAGGAAAAGUAUCCGGAGAUUGACAGCUAUGUCAUGGUCAACGUGCGCCAGAUCGCCGACAUGGGCGCGUACGUGAAGCUGCUCGAGUACGACGACAUUGACGGCAUGAUCCUGCUCUCGGAGCUGUCGAGACGGCGAAUUCGCAGUAUCCAGAAGCUCAUCCGCGUGGGCCGCAACGAGUGCGUGGUGGUGCUGCGUGUGGACAAGGAGAAGGGCUACAUUGAUCUGUCGAAGCGCCGGGUGUCGACGGAGGACGUCAAGAAGUGCGAGGAGCGGUACAACAAGAGCAAGAUGGUGCACUCGAUCCUGCGGCACGUGGCCGAGAAGACGCUGACGCCAAUCGAGUCGCUGUACGAGGCCAUUGGCUGGCCGCUGAACAAGCAGUACGGCCACUCCCUGGACGCCUUCAAGCUGUCGAUUACCAACCCGGAUGUCUGGAAGGACAUUACGUUCCCCAGCGCGGUCGUCGAGGAGGAGCUCAAGUCGUACAUUGGCAAGCGGUUAACACCGCAGCCGACAAAAGUGCGUGCCGACGUGGAGGUGACGUGUUUCUCGUACGAGGGCAUCGAGGCGAUCAAGAAGGCGCUGCGCACGGCCGAGGCCGACAACACGGAAGACAACAAGGUCAAGGUGCGGCUAGUAUCGCCGCCGCUGUACGUUCUGACGAGCACGUGCCUGGACAAGAACACGGGCAUCAGCCGGUUGACAAAGGCGAUCGACGACGUGCGCUCGGUCAUUGAGGCGUCGGGCGGCAAGCUGGUGGUCAAGAUGGAGCCGAAGGCAGUCACCGAAAGCGACGAUGCCGAGCUCCAGGCGCUCAUGGAGAAGCGCGAGCGCGAGAACGCCGAGGUCAGCGGCGACGACAGCCAGAGCGAGAGCGACGACCUGCCAGAGGUUGCAUGA